AUGAUACACACACGAACUCUCUAUAUAAAGCCAUUACUCAAUACCUAAUCAAUUACAGAAAGAGAGAAAAGUUUAAAACAAUUACAAACUACUGCAAAAGUAAAGAAGCAAAGAAAAUAAGAAUAUAUUCUUGAAACUUUGCAUCAAUGGAGGAAUCAAAAGCGCCUCACGUUGCGAUCAUUCCUAGUCCUGGAAUGGGUCACCUCAUCCCACUCGUCCAGUUUGCUAAACGACUCGUUCACCGCCACGGCGUAACCAUAACCUUUGUCGUCGUCGGCGAUGGUCCACCGACAAAAGCUCAGAGAACUGUCCUUGACUCUCUUCCUCCUUCUAUAUCCUCCGUCAUCCUCCCUCCCGCCGACCUCACCGAACUCCCUCCGACAACUCGCAUCGAAACUCGGAUCUCCCUCACCGUGACUCGUUCGAACCCGGAGCUCCGGCGAGUCUUUGACUCGUUCGCGGCGGAAGGUCGUUUGCCGACAGCGCUAUUUGUCGACCUUUUCGGCACGGACGCUUUCGACGUCGCCGCCGAGUUCAACGUGUUGCCGUAUAUUUUCUUCCCGACAACGGCAAACGUCUUGUCGUUUUUUCUUCAUUUCCCUAAACUUAAUGAAACGAUGUCGUGUCCAUUCAGUGAAUUAACCGAACUGGUUAAUCUCCCCGGAUGUGUACCGGUCUCCGGGAAAGAUGUUCUUGAUCCGGCUCAAGACCGGAAAGAUGACGCGUACAAAUGGCUUCUCCAUAACACCAAGAGGUACAAAGAAGCCGAAGGAAUUCUUGUGAAUACUUUUCUCGAGCUGGAGCCAAAUGCUAUAAAGGCCUUGCAAGAACCGGGUCUUGAUAAACCACCGGUUUAUCCAAUUGGACCGUUGGUUAACGUUGGUAAGCAAGAGAGUAGUAAGGACGGGAUCGAAGAAGAGUCCGAAUGUUUAACGUGGUUAGAUAACCAACCGCUCGGUUCGGUUUUGUAUGUGUCGUUUGGUAGUGGUGGUGCACUCACAUGCGAGCAGUUCGAUGAGCUUGCUCAUGGUCUUGAAGACAGCGAGCAACGGUUUCUUUGGGUCAUACGGAGUCCAAGUCAAAUCGCUGAUGCUUCGUUUUUCAAUCCGCAUAGCCAAAACGAUCCGUUAACAUUUUUACCACCAGGAUUUUUAGAACGGACUAAAGGUAGAGGUUUUGCUAUCCCUUCAUGGGCUCCGCAAGCCCAAAUUCUAGCACAUCCAUCUACCGGAGGGUUUUUAACCCAUUGUGGAUGGAACUCAACUCUAGAAAGUAUAGUAAGUGGUGUUCCACUCAUAGCAUGGCCAUUAUACGCCGAACAGAGGAUGAAUGCGGUUUUGUUGGCAGAAGAUAUCCAUGUUGCGCUUAGGGCGCAUGCAGGGGAGGAUGGGAUGGUGAGACGAGAAGAGGUGGCUAGAGUGGUUAAGGGAUUAAUGGAAGGUGAAGAAGGCAAAGGUGUGAGGAACAAGAUGAAGGAAAUGAAGGAAGGAGCUAGUAGGGUGCUGAAUGAUAAUGGGACUUCUACAAAGGCACUUAAUCUUGUGACAUUAAAGUGGAAAGCCCACCAAAGAGAGCUAAAGCAAAAUGGCAACCACUGAAUAUAUAUGUAUGCGUCUAAUAUAUGAUGAUGAUUUGUAUAAUCAAACGGUGUGAUAUGUGCAAAAUGUGUUUUGUGUAUGAAUGUUACCUUUUUUUUGCUGCUUUUAUGUUAUCAACUUUUAUUUGUACA